CGUAACCUGAUAAAGACCAAGUUUAAAUGAAAUCAAUUAACGUUAUGUUGCAUAUUUACUACUAGGUGUACUUGCGGACUCUGUGAAGUGAUGCCUACACUCACUGAGAGCAUUUGCUGUCAUGAGCAAGACAGAGUGUCUGAAAAAAGAGACGGCCUGCAGUGUAUCGUUCAGCACCCCGGCUUUGAGCCGGUGUGCUUGAAUGAAUAUGGUCUGGAGGUGGCACACAUCAACUACCAGGACCAAUAUGGAGAGAAUCUUGGAAAUGAGUGGAAGAGAUACACAGCAUACAGGCAGUUUGUCCGGUGGUGCUACGGGCACUUGGGCAAGGAGAUCAGAGUCCCUCUGCCAGCGUGUGUUGUGUCUACCAUUAGGAGGGCAUUUUCCUCUCCUAACUACACCGGGUUCAUGGAAAACCGUGAAUGAGCAAUUAAACAAACUGUUGAACUGA